CAAAUCUGUCAAUAUUUUUUCCGUAUCGUGAACCCAAAACAACACCGUCUACGAAAAGGGCGAGAAAAACUUGCUUUUCUUCAGGCAAAGAUGGCAAUGAUUGAAUUAAAAUAUGGAUUUUAGAGUGCACUAGAUUUUUACUGUUUUGUUGAACUGAGUGAACUAAGACUUUUAAUAAAAACGGAAUUUGUUUUUCUUCAUUCUUGGUAGCUAGGGAGUAGUGAAGCUAGCAAACAUGAAUCUGCACGAGCCGGUCGAUAUGUUCAAUAAGAGUUUAGAAGAACUCACCCCGGAGGAAAAAAUGAGAAUUGAACACAUGAAGCUCCACGAAAAACACAAAGGCCAUGAGUCGAUGCAUGCGGAAAUGGUGAUCAUUCUGCUGGUCACAUUGAUCAUUGCGCAGAUUGUGCUGGUCGAGUGGAAGAAACGACACUAUAGAUCGUAUUCACUGAUGACACUGUUGGCACUUUGGUUGAUACCGUUUGCCUUGAGUUUGAAGAGUCAAUACUGGCGGUUCGUAUUUUGCUGGCUGAUAUUCAGCUGCAUCACAGCGUUAGUAAUGCGAAAAGCUCUUAGAAAGCCGGUGGCUGGCACCACCCCGCGAUUAGUGUACAAAUGGUUCUACUUUAUCUACAAACUAAGCUACGGUUUGGGUAUUAUCGGGUACAUCAUCAUGAUGUUCACCUUCUUUGGGUUGAACUUCGUCUUCAACCAUGCACCUAAUGUAUGGAUGGACGUCGGCUUGCUGUUUGUGUUUUACGGAUUAUACUACGGUGUGCUCGGGAGGGAUGUUUCAGAGAUUUGUGCCGAUAAGAUGGCUGCUCACAUAGGGUACUACACACCAAAAGGAAUACCUACGCGGCACUUGGAGCGCAAUGUGUGCGCCGUUUGUGGCAAUCAGUUAUUGACGGAGGUGAAUGAAACCGGCGUUAUCGAAGAUACCUAUAAGCUCUCAUGUGAUCAUGUUUUCCACGAGUUUUGUAUACGAGGCUGGUGUAUAAUAGGCAAAAAGCAGACUUGUCCUUACUGCAAGGAAAAGGUGGACCUCAAAAAGAUGUUCUGCAAUCCAUGGGAACGACCGCAUGUACUGUAUGGGCAGCUGCUAGAUUGGAUUCGCUGGCUAGUUGCAUGGCAGCCAUUGAUUCUUUUCAUCGUUCAGGGAAUUAAUUGGUUACUAGGGCUGGAAUAACGACGGAAUAAACUGUUCCCAUCGAAGUUAUCGCCAAGGAUGUUGACAAGAGUUGCACUCAUUUUGAGUGUGCAUCAAAUGAUUUUUUUUUCUAGUACUGGUAUUAUUCUUUUGUUCCUGACUUGUUUCCUAAUAUUUUAAUUUUGUGAUAGGAAUGAUCCUUCUUACUCUUGAUUGUCAUGCAUUUCGUACUAUCCACAUAUUAGUCAAUGUAGUCAAAACAUAAUUCACCGAAUGGGCGUGCGUAUUAUUGGUUGAACAACAGUGGCGAUGGUGUUUUUGUGUUGUGAAAUUGCACUCAGAACAAAAGCUACGAUUUUUUAUCACGUAAUUUAGUAAUGAAUAAAUUCCGCAUCAUGAAACUUUCAA